UCAAGAAAGUACAGAAAGUAAUUCAGAGGAUUCUACCAAACUAAAUAUUAAUUUGGGUGCUUUACAAAAGUCUGCAUCAAACAUGGAAGAUAGUAAUGAAUAUAUUGGAAGAGUAGCAUUUCCUCAAAAGUGUUUGAUUCCAAAAUAUGAAGAACUAUAUCAAUUGGUACCAAAAUAUUUUCAGGAUGAUAGAAAUAACAUGUUUGUAUUAACGCAUGUAGACUUUCACACAUCAAACAUUCUUGUCAAGAAUGAUAAAAUAAAAGGAGUCAUAGACUGGGAAUGUUCUGAACAAAAUAACAAAAAGUCUAGAGAAAAUAUAAUAUUACAAAAAUUUUUUCGAAGUGAAAUGUCUCAUCGUGACCCUGAUUUUAUACGAACAAUAAACAAUAUAGAUGAAGAAAAAAAAGAAUUUUAUUCCACAGUGUUUAGCCAAAAAGUAUAG